AUGCCACGUAUAAAAGCCCCUUCUAACCUCCCCGAACUCGUCAAAUCGACUUUUACAAAGGCUCGAUCAGAGGGAGAUUUGCACUAUUUCCCCACCCAAGUCACGAUUCUCAACGUUGAUUCCAUCCCAUUCCAACUACGUUUCUCCCCUUCCCUCGCCAACAAACCCAAGCCUCCACCAAAAGAUGUCACCAAACCUCAGAAACCAUUUGACCCCUUUGAGAACCCCCUUCCUGCUCUCAAAGUCGCAGACCUUGGCCCUUCUCACUCUCUCGUGCUGAACAAAUUUGCCGUUGUGCCUGAGCACUUCAUACUUGCUACUACGGAGUUUAAGCAGCAGACUCACGUUCUUGAAGAAGCAGACCUGGAAGCCACGCUGGCUUGCAUUGAGGCAUAUGAAGCUGCUAGAAGAACUGAGACAGAGCAAGGUCACCGAGACGGGUCAUUAAGUGGUGGAGAUGGUCUGUUUGCCUUCUUCAACUGCGGUGACCACUCUGGAGCAAGCCAACCUCAUCGACACAUUCAGCUUCUCCCAAUUGCUAGAAUGAAGGAAGGUUUCGAGGUUAACACCCCCUGGUCUGUUCUAGCCGACCAACUCAAGACCAAGGCUGCUCCUUUUGCUACCUUUGCCGAAGAAAUCAAGCUAGGUAUGACAGGAGCAGACCUUCACACUAUCUAUCUACGAUUAUACCGAAAGGCUUGUCGAGCAGUCACUUCUUUUACUCAAGACCCCAUGCAUUCCAAGGAAGCGCCAGCCGAAGGUCCGACACAAGUAAGUUACAACCUGGCUAUGACGAAGGAUACCUUGGUGGUCUGCCCUCGCUUGGCAGAGGGGGUAAACCUCCAGAGUCAAGAUGGCGAUGUAUUGGGAUCCCUGGCAUUCAAUGGCACUCUCCUAGCUGGUACCGCUUUGGUCAAGAACGAAUUGGAAUGGGAAGCACUGAAGAAGGACCCGGAGACCUUGAGCAAAGUUCUGAGAGAUAUUGGUGUUCCUACCUCAUUUCAAAGCGACAAGUCAAUUCACCUUUAA